AUGGGCCUGGAGCUCUACCUGGACCUGCUGUCCCAGCCCUGCCGCGCCGUCUACAUCUUCGCCAAGAAGAACGGCAUCCCCUUCGAGCUGCGCACCGUGGAGAUUUUCAAAGGGCAGCACGUGACUAAGGAGUUCUCCCAGAUUAACAGCAUCCAGAAGCUGCCUACCCUUAAAGAUGGUGACUUCGUCUUGACUGAAAGUGUGGCCAUCCUGAUUUACCUAAGCACGAAGUACCAGACAGCUGAACACUGGUACCCACCGGAGCUGCAGUUCCGCAUCCAUGAGUACCUGGGCUGGCAUGCUGAUCACAUCCGGAGUACCUUUGGUGUGCCCCUGUGGACACAGGUGGUGAUACCGCUCAUUGGAGUGAAGGUGCCUGAGGAGAAGGUGGAGCGCAACAAGACCCUCAUGGACCAGGCACUGCAGAAGUUGGAGGACAAGUUCCUGGGGUGCAAGGCCUUCCUCGUCAGCCAGGAAAUGACGCUGGCUGACCUCAUGGCAUUUGAGGAGCUAAUGCAGCCCAUGGCUCUUGGCUGCAAACUGCUUGAGGGACGGCCAAAGCUGGCAGCAUGGCAUAAACGAGUGGAGACUUUCCUGGGUGCUGAGCUGUUCCAGGAGGCCCACGGCGUCAUCUUGAGUGUCAUGGAACAGGUGGCCAACAAAACAUUCCCAGUGCCCCCCCCAGAAAUCCUUCCAAAAAUUAUGUUUCGUAUUGCCAGGAUUCCCUGAGAGCAAUGUGAUGGAGGCCCAU